UCGUAGGGCGGGCCUAGAAGUUACGUGGCGGAGGGUCGGGCGUUGUCUCUGUCUUCCGCUGUAAAUAAAUACAAAAAUCACUGAGGCCAGAGUUACGUGGAGAACCAGUGCACAGUGCAGGUGAAGCUGGAGUUGGGCCACAAAGCCCAGCUAAGGAAGAAGGUGACAUCAGAAGGCUUCACCCACGACUGGAUGGUGUUUGUCCAAGGGCCAGAAACCGGCGACAUCCAGCACUUUGUAGAGAAGGUUGUCUUCUGCCUGCAUGAGAGCUUCCCCAUACCCAAGAGAGGAGCUGCCGAAAAAGAUGUGUUUAAGUACCAGCUUAACCUAAAGAGUGACCACCUGCGCUGUGAGACGCUCACCUUCAACAACCCCACCAAAGACUUCAGGAGAAAGCUGAUCAAAGCUGGAGAGGUAAUGGUAGUUCCAAAGGGCUCUGAGGCAGCAACAAGGUCCAGUCCAGACUCCGCUAUACCCCCAACUAAGAAGAUCAAGACCUCCCAUGUGUCAGAGGAACCCAGCAAAGAAUGAAGUAAUGGCAGCAGUCAGUCCGCACAAGCCGACCAAGGAGCAUCGUGAUUGGCCCUGAAAAGACUCUGAGAGCAAAGCAGACGACAGGUGGAAGCAGCAAGAAAUGUUUUAUUGUAUAAGGUGCACAUGCAGGCCGAGCCGCAACAUUUUACAAUCAAUGAUCAUGUGCAUAUACAGUGCUAAGGCAUUCUCUACAUGUGACUGUUCAACAGUGACCUCCUGUCUGCUGAGGAGAUAAUUCAAUAUUACUUGUGGGGAACCACAAAUUAUAAUAGAACUAGAAGAUCUCAAAUGUCUGAAGAAACUUUGUGUGUGCCUGCAGGCUGCCACCCACUGCUCUCCAUGUGCCCAAAGAGAGUGCUCUCUUGUUUUCCGCUGCGAUCCGUCUUGCAGGCAAGAUCCAUCAUCUAUAAUUUGUCACAAACAUCCAAUUUGUUUGAGUCACCUCAGACACAGUUGUGUAGCAGGGUGGAGACUACAGAUGUGUAUUCUGACUAUUUGACUGUAGCCUGUCCUGGACUGACGUAAACCAGUCAUGUCUGCAGAUUGUAAAGCUGUGAUUUUUCCAAAUUAUGAAAUUCAAGGUCUUCAUUUUUCAAUUAUGUGUUUAGGUAAAAUUAUGAUGAAGAAAUGGGGCUUCAAAGAGGAGGUAAAACUGUUCUCACCUCCAUUUUCCGUUAUUUGCAGUGGACAAAACAAAAUCAUCAUUUUUUUGUUUUGUGAUUUUUCUGAAAACCAUGUCAGAUUGUCAAAGUCAAAGCACCUGUCCUUGAAUUGUAUAAUUUUGUAUGUAUGUUUUGUACUUGUGGCGUAAAAGGGGAUUAGUUGCAAUUUUUUUUUGCCAAUGACAGAUUUUCUGCCCUGCGUUUAUUUAAUGUAUUUAUUUGUUCAGGUUUUAUUUUUUUAAAUUUAAGCCCUCCAAGUUAGGACACAACUACUGUAUAUUUUUUUUAAUGUAAACAUGAUGAUUAUUAUUUACUGUAAUAUCUACUGAGCAUUCUUUUUAAAUCAGUUGCAUUCGUUGAUAGGUUUAAGUUUGCUUUUUAUUACAAUAAAACUGUUUUGUGUAACCCGU